AUGGCUGGUGUUAAUAGGAGUAGCAAUGCAAAAGAUUCAAACAAAAAAGAUAAAGUGGCCGAUUCUCUCCGAGACGAAAUGGAGCUUGUUACCGCGGCUUCAAUGGAACUUCAAAAAUUAAAAAGACAACUUCGCCAAACCCGAGCAGAGUUGAGUACAUCCAAAAUUGCAAGUCGAAAAACGAUUCAACGCCAAAAUAAAGGAAUCGAAUUGCUUGAAAAAGAGAAGGCAGACUGUGAAGCUAAAUUGUCUCUCAUUAAAGCGGCACAAAAGCCUCCACCUGCAGUUCAUAGAUUAAUAUCCAAGUAUCACCAAGCUUUGCAACAGCUUGAGCAUGUGCGUCAAGAAUUCCAUUUCGCUAAAACAGAACUUAGUGAUAAAGAAAAGAAACGUUCAAAUACAUACAGAUCGUCGGUGACGGAUGUUUCAACGAAAUCACCGCAAGAUAAGCUAGACCAAGUGAUGUUACAAUACAAUAAGAUAUUAGCAAAAAACGUACAACUUCGAAUGCAGCUAGAAGAAAUGAUGAAAGUGAAAGAAGAGUUUAUAAAAAAUUUGAAACAACUGCAAAAUGAACGAAGUCAAGUGAGAAUUACCGUUGAUCGGCUUUAUGAAGAAAAUACUACCCUCUUUUUGCAGAGAGAAGAGUUUCGGUUGAAACUGAAUCUUCUUCGUGAGAAAUUGGAAACGACUCGCAUCCAAGGACAACGUGAUCUCCGAGAAUAUCGCCGUUUGUUAAACAAUGACGAAAAGCUGAACAGCUUCCUGGAGAUGAAAAAUCAAGAACGUUUGUGCAUCGAUUUCACAAACCGCACGAACGUGCAUCCAACUAGCGAUGAUCAUAUUGCAGUCAAAGUAGUUGAGGAGUGGCGAGAAACCCUACUUGCCGAAUGUGGUCACUGUAAUUUCGGCGAAAUAGUGCAGCAAUAUCUCCAUAACCUGGAGCAAGGGUACGUGAUGUAUGGCUUAAUUGCACAAAAGAAUAAUGAAAUCGAUCGUUUGGAAGAUGAGAUAAGUGACAUGGAGCAAAGUUUGGAACACCGCCGAACCAAAAGUCAUCAACGAUCUGAACCUGCUUCGUCAAACUCCCAUUUGGAGAACAGGAAUUCUUCAAUUAUGAAAAGUCCGCAUAAGCAAGACCAAGAAUUGUCAAUCACGUCACAGUUUGUAGCAAAGUUUCAAAAAAUUCUGAACUCGAUGGAGCUUCAAAUAACUCUGACAGAAGAAGCAAAUCCCAUGUUCUGUGAUUUGCCUAAAAUGCUUGAACAGUGUAACUUAGGAUGUACGUUGCUAACAGAACGUACUACUCAGCUAGUUGCAAGUGUCACAUCAACUGACAGCAUGUCAAGCAAACAACAAUCUUGGGAUUACCCUGCUAUUCCACCGUUGGCGACUUCACGUUCUUCUAAUUCAACUGGCUCCUACGAAAGCACAAAUUAGGGGUGCAACU